AUGCAUUAUGAAGAGUUUGAGGUGAUUACUGCGGCAAACGGGGCCCCAUCACUAAAAUUUGAUCUCGCUUGUGCCACGGCGAGGAAUCAUUACAUUCGAUGUACGAAGACACAGGACAAGCAGGGAAAUGACAACUAUAAUUCGCCAUGCUCAACAGGCCUCCGGGUUUACGGAGGCGCACAAGUACUUGCUGCCUUUCUUGCUAGAUUUGGGAGGGAUUUGCUGCCGCACACAGCUGAGCAUUCCACGUGUGGUGAUGCGAAUCCCUGGGUUGUAGAAUUGGGUUGUGGCUGUGGCUUGGUUGGGUUUACGGCAACUGAGCUUUUUCCAGAAGUUUCAGUGAUGUUUACGGAUGCUUCAGUUGACUGCCUUAAUUUGGUCGCUGCGAGUGCAAGAAGGCAUGGUUUACCGAUGAUACAGGCUGAUGCUAAUAAUUUCACCGGGAACUUAGGGACCCAUAUGCAUCGUGCCGUAGUAUCGUGUCCGUUGGAGUGGCGUAAGGAAGACACAAUACAACUUAUUUCUCUCAUAGAGCAGCUUUCGAAGUCUUUGAGGUGCCAAAAAAAUGGAGGUGUGCGUAUGGUGUUGGGAUCUGAUUUACUGUAUUAUCGGGUCGAUAUUAAACUGCUUCUCACGACUUGCAAAUGCCUUCUACAAUACUCUGGGGAUGCAGCCUGUAGUGGGAAGGAUGGUGGCUCCUUGGCUCCACGUCUAGCGAUUUUGUCCCACUUCAUGCGUAUACCUGAUGGUUACAAAAAACUGCAAUUGGCUGCUUACGAAUUAGGGUUUGGCAUUGUGCGGGUUCCAAUUGAGGCAUUUAUUGAUGUAAAUGUAAUACAAAAUCGUGGUUGGAACGGGAUUUCGAUUGUGAUGUUGUUUUUGCGUCCGUUUCCACAUGCUGACUCGCAUUCUUUGGAAGUGUCCAAGUCUCAUAGGCAGCGUGAGGAAGCGGAUCUUGCUGAAAUAAAAGGGAUUUUUUCUGAGGCCCAUCUGCCUUUUCAAAGUGAGGUCUUGGCCUGUUACUCGAAGAAAUCCCCAGGCGACGCACUCGACGACGGCGUGUAUUCUGCAAAUGGAUGUGAGCUUGAUACGCUCCCUUUUCGUUUUUGA